GAAAAAUGAGUUGUCAACGUAACGCUGGCAAGAUCACGGUGCCGGACGAGUUGCGGGACGUAUUGUUGGAAUUUACGAUCAGCUAUCUAUUGGAGCAACCGGUGGAUAUUAUCGACUAUGCCGUUGGUUUUUUCACGCAACUACGAGAAAGCCGUCAAACUCAGUUGAUCCAAGCCCCUGCGCAGACCGGCUCUUCUACGCCGGACGAGUCCGUCGAUGAAGAACCGCCGAUCGGAAGGUUCGCGUCCAGGCGGAAGAGCAUUUUCGCGGAAACCUAUAAUCCUGAAGAGGAUGAGGAGGACGAUGGAAUUAAGAUGGUGCAUCCGAAGAGCGACGAGCAACGGCAGAGGCUGAGCGACAGCGUGAAGCAUAUUUUUCUGUUUCGGGCCCUAGACGAGCAACAAAUGGCGGACGUGCUGGACGCGCUGUUCGAGAAGAUCGUGCAGCCAGGCGAAUUCAUUAUCCGGCAGGAUGACGACGGUGACAACUUUUACGUCAUCGAGAGUGGAAAGUUCGAGGUGUACGUGAGGAAUCAGUCAGGCGUGGAGUCGCUGAUACACACGUACGAUAAUCGUGGUGCUUUUGGUGAGCUAGCGUUGCUGUACAAUAUGCCUAGGGCAGCCAGUGUCAAGGCCGUCACGCCCGGCACACUGUGGGCCAUGGACAGGCAAACUUUCCGGCGCAUACUAUUGAAGUCUGCCUACAAGAAGCGCAAGAUGUACGAGGACCUUAUCAACAAGGUCCCUAUGCUCAAGCAUCUCGAGCCGUAUGAACGUAUGAACCUGGCGGAUGCUCUAGUACCGAAACAGUAUUCACACGGUGACCAGAUCAUCAGACAGGGCGACUCAGCCGACGGAAUGUAUUUCGUUGAGGAUGGCGUGGUCAGGAUCACCAUUGGAGAUCGCGAGGUAUGGAAACUUAUUAAUAGAGUCCCCGCUGGUGGGUACUUAGGCGAGUUGGCGCUCGUGACACAUAAACCUCGCGCUGCUUCGGCCUACGCUGAGGGCGACGUAAAGCUGGCCUUUUUGGACGUUGAGGCUUUCGAACGCUUACUUGGGCCUUGCAUGGAACUUAUGAAGCGUAAUAUCGACGAUUAUGAAGAUCAGCUAGUCAAAAUCUUUGGCAGCAAGGCUAACAUUUCCGAUAUCCGAUGAACUGUUCGCGGGCAGUGAUACGUUGCACUGCUGUACUAAAGACGCGACACUUUCGUACAGUAAUGUAAAAUGAGCACAAAACUUGUACCACCCACUUUAUGAAUCUCAUCCGCGUGUAUUUCAAAGUAAUCAUCUCGAGUCGACUUUCGUAAUGACUGUUCACUUAGACGUGUACCGGUAAGAAUCGUCGUUAAUAGUUACCAAGUUUGUACCUAUGAC